AUGAAGUACGUAACACUAACAAUAAUAUCAUCCCUGGCUGCCUUCAGUAUCACAGUUAACUGUUUAGCAGACCCUUUGGCAUUUGCAAAUGCGGAAGGGUUAGCAAUUGCUGACAGUGACGGCGCAUCAUAUGAUUGCCAUUCGAAUUGUGGUUAUGCAAUCUUGGCUGCUAGAAAAUGCUCCCCAGACGGGGAAAGUGACGCAGAAUAUGAUUCAGACUGUCUCUGCAAAAAUAGUACACAAUUCCUUUCCUUGGCCCCAAAGUGCUUAGACUGUGGCUGGUGUCUUUGGUCAGACUAUGGUUCGUAUCUCACUAGCGCUUUUCAAGAAUGUGGAUUUUCGACACAGCCAACUGGAACAAGCUGUCUUGAAGACAAAACAUCAUAUCUAGAAGCAUAUGGAACUGUAUCACAGACAGUUACAAGCGACAAUUCAAAAGCAUCAUCUUAUGCAUCCAACUAUGCAAAAUCAAUUUACAGUAGUAAGAAUGACACCAUAACAUCUACCUCCUCUGGUAACGGUAGCUAUUCAUCUGGAGAGGUUGUUAGGUCUAUUACAUCCAGUUUCUCGACAUUCGAAUCAAACACUUCAAGCAAUUCUUUUGACUCCACUGCUUCGACACGUUCAGACAGCUAUUCAGAUUCUUCUUCCACAAUUUCAAACACUUCCUUGAGCACUGAUGCUGGAAAUUCUAUUUCUUUAGGGUUUGCACCAAUUUUUUUGGCAUUUAUAUCUAUUGUUCUACUAUAA